CACUAUUUUUUAAAAAUUAACCUGUAAUUACGUUAAGCCGCCUCACAGUCACGGGACCGCACAACGCUAAUGACAGACACUGGAGGCUACGGAAUCUGCUGACUGCUACGGAAGUGCUCGCAUACUAAAAGCCGAGGGCGGGGUCCGCCUACUGUUUACGACAGUGGCGAAGAUACUGUUACAUGCACGAGCUGCGAAAAGUGGCUUGAGAUGGCGCGUCUGGUAGCAGUUUGCAGGGACGGAGACGAGGAGUUUCCUUUCGGUAGAAGGCAGAUCCCUCUGUACAUCGAUGACACGUUGACAAUGGUGAUGGAGUUUUCGGACAGCAUGUUGACUCUUGGCAAACAACAGAUAGACAACCUGCAACUUAAAAAUUUUUCACAGCGCCACAGUAUGCUCAAAGAACAAGAUAUGAAUCUUGCCAUGAUGGUGACAUCACGAGAAGUUUUCAAUACCCUUUCUCAGUUGGUCCCAUGUGUUGGUUGUCGGAGAAGUGUGGAGCGUCUAUUCACACAGCUUGUUGAAUCUGGAAAUCCUGCAUUGGAUCCAUUGUCAGUUGGUGCGAAGGGCAUUCUUACUCUUUCACACAGUUGCAUGGCUGAUGCAGCGAAGCUGUACACCCUGUUUUAUGUUUGUGGGACUAACCUCAGUGGUAUAAUUGAAGCGAUUCCAAAAAGCAAAAAGAAUAAAAGGUGUCAACUACAUUCUCUAGACACACACAAACCAAAACCUUUGGGGGGAAACUGGAUGGAUAUUUGGGAAGUAAUGUCACAGGAAUGCCGUGAUGAAGUUGUUUUAAUUGACUCCAUUUGUCUGUUGGAAACCUUGGAAAAUUACCUUCGUAAGCAUAGGUUUUGUACAGACUGCAAAAACAAAGUACUUAGAGCAUAUAACAUUUUGAUUGGUGAUCUGGACUGUAGUAAAGAAAAAGGCUAUUGUGCAGCACUGUAUGAAGGUCUUCGCUGUUGUCCACAUGAGCGACAUAUUCAUGUUUCUUGCGAGACAGAUAUCAUUGCUCAUCUUCUGGGUAGAGCAGAGCCAGAAUUCGCCGGAGGGUAUGAACGUAGGGAAAGACAUGCGAAGACUAUUGAUAUAGCCCAGGAAGAAGUGUUAACAUGUCUUGGAAUCCAUCUUUAUGAGAGGCUCCACCGAAUCUGGCAAAAACUACGAGCUGAAGAGCAAACCUGGCAGAUGCUUUUCUACCUUGGAGUUGAUGCAUUACGUAAAAGUUUUGAGAUGACUGUGGAGAAAGUGCAAGGAAUCAGCCGCCUGGAACAGCUGUGUGAGGAAUUUUUGGAAGAGGAGCGGGUACAAGAGCUCAAGCAAGAAAAGAAGCGUCAGAAAAAGAAGAACAGGAGAAAAAAUAAAUGUGUUUGCACUAUACCCGUAUCAGCUGACAUUAAGGAAUUGUCAGUUGAAAGUGAAAAGGAUGACCCUUCAGUAUAUGUUGGAAUGGGUUAUAAUUCCUGCAGUGGCUUAGAGGAUAACAAUGGUUUUGUGAAAGUCGCAAAUGAAAAUUCUCCAUGUUCCUCGUGCACAUGUCCAAGUUGCAAUGGCCUGUUGGUAUCUUCAAGCAUGAAAAAAGGCUUAACCGCACAUUCUAAUGGCAGCGAUUGUGGCUAUUCAUCUAGUAUGGAGGGUAGUGAGUCUGGCUCUCGAGAAGGAUCUGACGUGGCUUGUACCGAAGGCAUUUGCAACCAUGAUGAAGCAGUGGAGGAUCAGUGUGUCAUCUGUGAUAAGGAGCUAGAAGAUGGUGACAGUUGUGUGGAAUGUUGGGCCCAUUCAACAGAAGACAGCCUGAAAGAUAAAAACAGAAAGAAGAAAUGCAAGCUAUUUAAGUGUGGGAAUAAGAGCAUUUUAAAACAAGGAAUCUAUCUUCGAGAAGCAACAAGCAAUGUGCACAUUGAUCAGUCCAAAAAUGUCAAGGAUGACAGAUGCUGUCCUUCUUUGGAAUGUACCAGGCAGCCAUGUACAGAACACAGAAGAGGGGUAUCAAAAUCUGCACACACUUUGCACAGUUCUGAAGUAGCAACACAACCAAAGAGCCUAAAAGAACUCCUGGAUGAAUAUGAAUGCCCAUCAGAAGAAGAAGAUGGGCUUUCUCAAGAUGAAAUCCAGGCCUUUAUGGCAAGCAACCAGUCAUUUUACAUCAAGCGUCAGCAAUUCAGACAGUAUCUGAAGGAAAAAUUUAACAAAUACUGUCUUCUACAUGUUCACAGGAAUGCUCUAUGUAGUAGCUGGUUGGCGACAACCGGAGAAUUUUAAACUAAAUAAACUACUUCUGUUUUUUGUUAAAUCUCUUAAAAUGACUCCCUGGCUCUUUGUGGUUUUUUAUUUUAUUUUAUUUUUUUAUACUUAAUCUGCCAUAAUUAUUUUAAGGUCAUGGGUCAAAAGUAUAUCUGGACUUUUAGAUUUGUAAUUUCUUAAAUGCUCACUAACUUUUCUUAAAACUUUGCAUAAAUCAAUAGCACAAGUGACUAUAAGAAACUUUGUAAUAAAUUUGAUCAGAGAAAAAUGCCUUGUUUGCCUGUUCAGCUGUCCCCUCCAACCCCUCAAAAUAACACUCUGAAAUUUCUGCUGAUUCUUCGGAGACAGACCAGCUCAUAGAAGUAUCGGAUUAAACAUG